GCGGCGCCCGUUUUCUACGUUGGUGUGCUUUACUUCCUUUUCCGGUGGUAACCGAGUGGGAUUUGCACACGCGGGUUUUUGUGUCCGGAGUUAUUGCUGAGGCCUAGAGAAGGCAGAAAUCCAAAAUGUCACGAUUUUUUGCUACUGGGUCCGACUCUGAGAGUGAGGAGUCCACUUCUGGAGACGAGCAGAUCGCAAAACCAGUAGGGACCACUUUUGCCAGACAACCUCUUCUGUUAAGUGAUGAUGAUGAAGAAACCAAAAGAGUUGUCCGUAGUGCCAAGGACAAACGGUUUGACGAGUUGACAAACAUCAUCAAAACUAUCCGAAAUGCUAUGAAAAUCCGUGAUAUUUCCAAGUGUCUAGAAGAGUUUGAGCAGUUAUGGAAAGCUUUCCAGAAGUCCAAGACUAUUGUGGACAAGGAAGGCAUUCCGAAAUUCUACAUCCGAAUUCUGGCAGACCUCGAGGAGUACCUUAACGAAAUAUGGGAUGACAAGGAGGGAAAGAAGAAAAUGAACAAGAACAACGCGAAAGCACUCAGCACACUGCGACAGAAAAUUCGCAAGUACAACCGCGACUACGAGAACGAAAUUACUGCCUACAAAGAGAAUCCGGAGCAGUCUGGUGAUGAAGACCACGAGGAUGAAGAAUCCUCAACAGAAGAAUCAUCCGGUGAUGAAGAUGAUGAUAUGGGAAUAAGUGCCAGCAGUUUCCUGAAGAAGAAAGUUGAGCCUCCAGUCAGUGAUAUGAAAAGCAAGUUUCUGAAGACUGCCAAGGAAGAGGAUGAGGAUGAAGAGGAAGAAUCUGAUGAUGAUGAAGACUGGGGUGAAGAUUCAGAUGAGUCUGACUCUGAGUCAAAUGAAGAUGAUACCAAGUACACCUCCUUGGCUGCUAAGUUCUUAAAGAAGACACCAGUGGAUGCUGAACCAAAACUUGAGAGUAAACGUGAAGACAAAGGCAGAAAGAAGCCGGAAAGGAAGUUAAAGAGGCUCGAAGAGGAGGAGGAAGAUGAAGAACCUGGCGAGUGGGAGAAGGUGAAGUGGGGAGCACCCAUGGUAAAGGAAAAACCUAAGAUGUUUGCCAAGGGCACUGAAAUUAACCAUGCUGUUGUUUUGAAGAAGCUUCAUGAAAUCUUACAAGCUAGAGGCAAGAAAGGCACAGACAGGGCUGCACAGAUUGACCUGCUUCAGUCUUUGGCUUCCAUUGCUGCUGAGAACAACCUGGGAGAAGGUAUGCAGGUGAAGAUCAAAUUCAACAUCAUUGCUUCGAUGUACGAUUAUAAUCCCAACCUGUCUGCCUGCAUGAAGCCUGAUAUGUGGAAGAAGUGCCUGGACUGCAUUGAUGAGUUGUUGGACCUCCUGUUUGAUAAUCAGAACAUCUUCAUUGGUGAGAACAUCGCCGAGGAUUCAGAGUCCUAUUCCGCAGACCAGCCUAUCAGAGUGCGAGGCUGUGUCCUAACACUGGCGGAGCGCAUGGAUGAAGAGUUCACAAAGAUUAUGCAGAACACAGAUCCACACUCUCAAGAGUAUGUGGAUAACUUGAAGGAUGAGGCCCGUGUGUGCAAGGUUAUUGAACGCUUACAGUCCUACAUGGAGCAGAAAGGUGCCACUGAGGAGAUAUGCCGCAUCUACCUGCGUCGCAUCAUGCAUACUUAUUAUAAGUUUGACUACAAGGCACAUCAGCGGCAGAUGGCCUCAAAGCAGGGUUCCAAGUCUGAGCAGGACCAGGCAGAGAAUGAGGGGGAAGACAGUGCAUUGUUAAUGGACCGACUUUGCAAGUACAUCUAUGCCAAGGACCGAACAGAUCGUAUCCGAACUUGUGCCAUUUUAUGUCACAUCUAUCACCAUGCCCUGCAUAACCGAUGGUUCCAGGCGAGAGACCUGAUGUUGAUGUCCCACCUUCAGGACAAUAUCCAGCAUGCAGAUCCACCAGUGCAGAUCCUUUACAAUCGGACAAUGGUUCAGCUUGGCAUCUGUGCCUUCCGCCAGGGGAUGACAAAGGAUGCUCACAAUGCUUUGCUGGACAUUCAGUCGAGUGGGAGAGCCAAAGAGCUACUAGGACAGGGCUUGCUGAUGCGCAACAUGCAGGAGAGGAACCAGGAGCAGGAGAAGAUCGAGAAGCGCAGACAGAUUCCCUUCCAUAUGCACAUCAACUUGGAGCUGCUCGAAUGUGUUUACCUAGUCUCUGCUAUGCUGCUUGAGAUCCCAUACAUGGCUGCUCAUGAGUUUGAUGCUCGUCGACGUAUGAUCAGUAAACAGUUCCACCAUCAGCUGCGAGUUGGCGAGAGGCAGCCACUUUUGGGUCCUCCGGAGAGCAUGCGAGAGCAUGUGGUGGCAGCUUCAAAAGCUAUGAAGAUGGGAGACUGGAAGACGUGCAAAGCAUUUAUCAUCAAUGAGAAGAUGAACGCUAAAGUGUGGGACCUAUUCCCUGAGGUGGAUAAAGUGCGGGAGAUGCUCAUCAGAAAGAUUCAAGAAGAGUCUCUCAGAACUUAUCUGUUCACCUACAGCAGUGUGUAUGAUUCUAUCAGCAUGGAAAGUUUAGCGAGGAUGUUUGAGCUGGAAUUGCCAACUGUCCACAGCAUAAUCAGCAAGAUGAUCAUCAAUGAAGAACUUAUGGCAUCUCUGGAUCAGCCUACGCAGACAGUGGUGAUGCAUCGCACAGAGCCCACCUCUCUACAGAACAUGGCUCUCCAACUGGCCGAGAAACUGGGAAACCUUGUCGAUAACAAUGAGCGUAUUUUUGACUUAAAACAGGGUACCUAUGGAGGCUACUUCAGUAGAGAUCAAAAGGGUUCCUACCAGCAAAAACAGAACUACCAACGAGGCUACCGUAACCAACCACAGUCACAGAGAGAAUACUAAUCUGUUGUAUUUAUUGGGACACCACCUUCUGGAAAGGCUUGUGAAGCCAUUGCUUUGUGGAGCUCUGGAAAAGACAGAUGGAUUACUUGUGCAUUGGAAACUACUUUUGUUUCAGCAUUUGCAUUCACAUUUGCAUAUUUUACUGUUGUGUACUGCAGAAAUGCAUUAAAGAUUUAUACCUGUGACCGUCA